AUGGCCCGGCAAGUAAGCGGCUCCCAAUCCCAUUCUUUCUUCGAUACUCUUUUUGAACUUCCACACCAGGUCAGAGGUUCUAUCUUUCUUGAUAAGAUAGUGGUUGAGACAGGUCUUAUUGGAAGACAAGCCAGUGGAUCUGUUACCAUAACUGAUGGGGAAACUAAUCUCUCUCUAAUACAAAAAACCUCCCAUGCAACAGAAGGAGCUUGUGGCUACGGUGAUCUCUUCAAGCAAGGAUACGGCCUAGCAACAACAGCUCUCAGCACAGCCCUCUUCAACAACGGGUUAACCUGCGGUGCAUGCUUCGAAAUCAAAUGCGUCAAUGACCCUCAAUGGUGCUUACCUGGCUCAGUCAUUGUCACCGCUACAAACUUCUGCCCACCCAACUACUCGAAGCCUAACGAUAACUGGUGCAACCCACCACUCAAACACUUCGAUCUUUCCAAACCCAUGUUCAAGAAAAUUGCAAUCGAGAAGGCAGGGAUCGUUCCCGUCCAGUUCCACCGUGUCACAUGCUUCAAGAAGGGCGGUGUGAAGUUCGACAUCAAAGGAAACCCUAACUUCAACUUGGUGUUAGUUUGGAAUGUUGGUGGGGUCGGUGACGUUACAAAUGUCAAGAUCAAGGGCACUAACACUGGUUGGAUACAGAUGUCUCGUAACUGGGGCCAAAACUGGCAGACGGGGACGGUUUUGCGAGGGCAGGGGUUGUCCUUUCAAGUGACUACUAGUGAUGGACGGAUGAUAGAGUCUGAUAAUGUUGCACCUGCUAACUGGCAAUUUGGACAGACCUUUGAAGGUAAACAGUUCUAAUUCCACGUCUAACGUUAUGUUAGAAGAUUAUGAGUUUGAAAAUUUGAAGGCUACGAUUGUGGGAAUUUAUGGAGGGCUGAAAUGAGUUCUCUUUUGUAAUGUGAGUACUUUUGGAAUAAUAAAAAAUGAAUGGUUGAAUUUCGUUUUGAAUAUAUUGUGAUGGGGAGUAAUGAUGUAGUAUGAAUUUCUUGUGCAAUAUUAGGGGUUGAGACAUGUUUAUUUUGGAUGGGAUUUGUGUCUAGUUGGCCACCUGAUGAAUGAAUGUCAGAGAUCCCAAACAUUAUUAUCACUAUCAGAGUACAUGCCCUGGACCAAAAAUUAGCAUUUGUAGCUGAUUAGCAGGUAGAUCUUAGUUUUAUUACAUAAAUGGGUGGUUAGAAAUGAAGUCCAAAAAAAUGUGGGGCCCAUUGUCAUGUAUGUGGCUUAUCCACACUGCCCAUUUGUUAUUCCAGCUGAAUUUAGGGAAUGAGCUCAAAAAUGAGGCAGAUCCAAAUCUCAAGUGGUCCACACCAUAGGAAAUAAUGGGAAUUCAACACCUAUCAUUAAAAACUUCCUGGGGCCUCAGAAGUUUUGGAUCAAGCUGAUAUUAAUUUGUAUUUUCCCCUAACCCAUAUCUGUGUGACCCUACCAUGAUGGACAAAUUAAGGCUCAUGCUGGAUAAAUUAAGUCUCAGGAACAGAUUAGAUGACGAAUAGACCUCAUUAUAUAUGGGACAAUGAUGGACAAAUUAAGGCAUUGUUUCAUUUCAUAUGGGUUACUCAUAUGAGUUAUUAUUGCGUUCGAUCUGCUUCAUUUUGUAGGCUCAUGCUCCAAAAUGUACUAAUAAAACAGAUGAAAGAUAUGAAUAUAUGAUAUAUAUUACCGUGGGGCCCACGUAU